CCUUUUAAGCGUCUUGGGUUUGGAAACUUAAAAUAGACCGCUCUCUCUGGCUACAGGACGCAGUUUUUCACGCCGAGCCCUCCCCCUUCCCCUUUCCUCCCCCACGCUUGGUGUCGGUUAUCUUUUGCUUCAGAUUUCCAUGGAGUGAUAGUAUAAAAAGGUCACCGGGAGCACCAGGAUGGUCACUGCAGUCGACUCCAGUCUUGUCUGUGUCAUCUGUACCCUACAAAGCAAAAGACACCAGAGAUAAAAAUGGCUUUCGCAGGUGUACUGAAUGAUGCUGACAUCACUAAAGCCCUGGAUGAGUGCAAAGGCGCUGACUCAUUCGACUACAAGAAGUUCUUCAAGACAUGCGGUCUGGCUGGAAAGACCGCCGAUGAUGUCAAGAAGGCUUUCGCCAUCAUUGACCAGGACAAGAGCGGUUUCAUUGAGGAGGAUGAGCUCAAGCUGUUCCUGCAGAACUUCAGCGGAGGUGCCCGUGCACUAACCGACGCUGAGACCAAAGCUUUCCUGAAGGCCGGUGACAGCGACGGUGACGGCAAGAUUGGUGCUGAUGAGUUUUCUGCCUUGGUUAAGGCAUAAAGGCAGCACCUGACCUGACCAACAACCACCUCCUGCUCUGAUGGAACAACAAAGCCCACAUAGACCUCCCUCUUUUCAUUUGAAUUUAAAUAACUUUUAUACAUUUGCUUAAGGGACGUUUCCUCCUAUAUGCAACACACUGUCCAAAAGUGAUGAUUGUGAAUGUAGCUCGGUUGUGUUCAUGUCUUAAAUAUGAAUUUUGCUAACUGUAAAAUCUAUAAUGCACUUUCCAGGAACUAAAUGUAAAAGAAUAAUAAAUAUUCUUUUUCUGUGGUCAA